AGCCUAUGUCAUAUUUCUAGAGAGAAGAGGGGAGGAAGGAAGGAAGACGAUCAUCUAAUUCAGGAUGUCGGUUCACCACAUUUCAGAUCGGGAAGCUUCCAACUUUAACUGCUAAAACUGUCAGAUGCAGCAUAACAACUUCGGUCUAAAUUUUGUUUCAAACUGAGGAAAUUUGUGACAGAUGUCGCUUUUUUGUUUUGAACGUCUAAUCUAACAGGGCUACUGACAAUAAGGUUUGAGGAACAAGGAAGUCCAAAAGCUUUGUUCGUGCUGGCUCUGCUUUGACUACAGCUACAAAUGGAAAGGUUCAAAAUCUUAGUUUUGACAGUGGCAGUGUGUGCGCAAGCAAUGUCUCAAGACAGCACUACUGAAUCUCCAGUUCAGAUUUCCAAGCCCAAGAUAACUGUGAAUCCAGAUCAUGGGGUGCUGUACAAUACUGAGAGCGUCACUCUGAGCUGUGAGAUCUCUGAAGGACCCCCGGGGUUACAGUAUGACUGGUACAAGGACUCAAAAGAUCUUGGUCAACAUCAGCGCAGCAUCACUGUGAACGAGAACGGAAAAUAUGAAUGCAAAGGAAAAAGAAGAGAGACUCGGUCUGAAAAAAGUGAUGUUUACACUUUAACUCUGAAAGCUCUACCUAAACCACAAAUCCAGUCUGCAUGGACAGAAGCAUUUACUGGUGAAGAAGUCUCUUUGCAGUGUUUGAUUCCAAACGAUUCUGAAAACUGGACUUAUAUGUGGUUCAGGGGCUCAGACAAGAUUGUCUCCGGUGCUGAAUCAAACAUGAAAGGAAACAGUCUCACACUCUCAGUUCAGUCCAGUCAUGACGGGGAGUAUGUGUGUCAAGCUGAGCUGCACCACAGAAAGGUGACGACUGAAAAAAGUGCACCGCAUUCGUUAACGGUUAAAGCUCUGCCUAAACCGCAAAUCCAGUCUGAAUGGACAGAAGCGUUUACUGGUGAAGAAGUCUCUUUGCAGUGUUUGAUUCCAAACGAUUCUGAAAACUGGACUUAUAUGUGGUUCAGGGCUCAGACAAGAUUGUCUCCGGUGCUGAAUCAAACAUGA